AUGUUUCCAGAGAAGUACCAUUAUGGGAUCGACUACUUCCUCGUGGGAGUUCCCGUGGGGCUUCGUGGUCGGAUUGGAGCAUUGAUGUCAAUUGACAGUGAUGGGUCAGAUCCACGAUCUCAGAAUUUCAAAUCUUUUCGAUAUUCCUUGAAAAGACUCCUUCAGAGGUGUUUCUGGUUCAGCACUGAUACGAGCCGGUACCUCCAUUGUGGAGACGGUCAGAUGAGCCUGACGCAAAAGUUGGAGCAUUUCUUGAAAGAACAGGGUGAGGAUAUCAACGACUAUCCUUACGCAUAUCUUAUUAGCAUCCCCCAAUUUUGUUGGUGGACCAAAAGUCCAAUCUCCUAUUGGUAUCUUUACUCUCCUUCAAAGGAGCUCAGCGCAAUAAUCAUGGAAAUAAACAACUCCUACGGAGAGAAAAAGAACGCCUUUUGUCGGCUCACUAAAGAGGAGAAUUCCACCUUUGACAAGGCGAAAACUUCUGAGACUCUCAGCACUAUAUCCGGAAGAGGGCACAGGGGUAUCCAAACCGUCCGAUUCAUGUCUUCCGCACCCACUGCCAAGUAUUACAAGGGCAGCUGGGACAAGGACAUAUUUGCAUCCCCAUUUGAAAAGGUCGAGGGCUGGUUCAAUCUUCGUUUCAUGGAUCCUCUUGACCCAUUACACGAAAAAGGAGGCCCGCUACAUUCCAAUAUGACUCUUAUGAGCGUGGAAGGCAAACCGAAACUCUCUAGUCGUCUGUUUUCAUGCGGAACACCCCUUGAUCCCCUCUCAUCAUCAUCCUGGGAAUUGACCAUGUUUCUUCUUCGCUGGUCUUUUGUUAUUCCAACAUCUUUGGGUCGGAUCGUGAUGGAGGCUCUUCGAAUUCGGUUCCGAGGGAAUAUGCCUUACCUGAAUAAACCGGACGUGAAGAAAAGUAAUAUACCACGUAACGCCUCAAAGCCAGAACGGACUUUGGAGCAGUUUUUCCGGAUGUACCUCUCUUAUCUGGUAAAACAAUGCCAGUUUCCCCUGGAAGUAGUCUAUACACCUGCCAAAUCACUGCACCUCCAUCCCAUCUCCAUACAUUCCUCAGCUAAUGACCUCGCUUUGGCACCGGCCCCCGUCUUGAAAAUUCAACCCCUCACGCCUCGGUUCUACACCAACAUUGCAAAAUAUCCAGAUGCCAAAUUAGGCUUUCCCGCAGAGAUCGAGAACAUGCCACAGGUCUCCGAUUCGAUAUCUCAACGUCUCUGGGUGUCCGAUCCAGUACUGUUGAAAGAUUUGAUUAACUCGGAAAAUCCUUGUACUGGCCUCGAAAAAGUCAAUCCCUGCUCGCCUUCUGCAAGCCGUCUCCUGUGGCAAAGCACGUCAAGAGGCAAAUCAUUCAUGGACAACUUCACCGACUCACACUGUUCCAAUACUCUGCACACAACUUAUCGGGCCGCACGCAUUCAUUGCUACCUGACGGAAAAGUUCGCGUGGGGGUCAUACAAAUUAGCUACAGUCUAUGGUAUUCUACUGCGCGCGAUUAUCAUGCGUCUUGUCUGGAAGGGACUACGGCAGAUGCAGUGUAACUUGGCUACGGGGUGGUUCGCAGACAUUCUGACGGUUUCUGGAACCUUUUUCCUGCUGAUUCGUGCAUGGAGGGCGUUAACAGGCAGGUUUUACCAAGACUUGUAG